GCGGCGCCGGGGUGGGAGAGCGGGCGGAAGAUGGCGCGGAGCGGUUGUGCGCUAGGCAAGGCGCUGGCUGAGGGGCUGGCGGCGCCGCCGCUCAGAGGCGCCCUCAGGUACGAGGCCGCCGUGGGAUUUAAAGGGCCAGUGACAGCCUGUCCCUCGCCCUCCGCGCGGGGCCGCAGCCGCGGUCGGAGGGGCGGGGCUCGGCGCUGCCGCUUCCUUUAAAGGCCAAGCGCGGAAAGACGCGCCGCUGGGGGUAUCCGGUCCCUGCCUGAGGGGUUUGUCCAGGCUUCGCGGGCCUGGAGGGCUGAGCCGGCGCCUGCGCUGAUUUGGUGCCCGGCAAGAAGGGGCUGGUGGCGGCCGAGCCGGCGCAGGCGUGGGGCCCCGGGCAGUGCUUCUCCUGCUCUGUCUGCGGUGCUUCCUCUGCCCGCAGGGAUGUCGUCGGCCUCGGGCAGGUCGUGCGCAGCAGGGCAUGUGGCUUCCUGUGGUAUUCUGAUGAGCAGAAUUCCUCCAUUGCGAGCAUCUGUAACGAACCAUAAUGUUCCAAGAAGAACUUUCUUCAAUAUUGCUGCGCCACUAGUAAACAAAAGAAAAGAAUAUUCUGAGAGAAGAAUUAUAGGGUAUUCCAUGCAGGAAAUGUAUGAAGUUGUUGCUGGUGUGGAGGACUACAAACAGUUUGUUCCUUGGUGUAAAAAGUCAAACAUAUUAUCCAAACGUUCUGGAUACUGUAAAGCCCAUCUAGAAAUAGGCUUUCCUCCAGUGGUAGAAAGAUAUACAUCAGUUAUCACCCUAGUGAAACCUCACCUGGUUAAGGCAUCCUGCACAGAUGGGAAAUUAUUUAAUCACUUGGAAACAGUAUGGCGUUUCAGCCCUGGAAUCCCUGGUUAUCCAAGAACAUGUACAUUGGAUUUUUCAAUUUCUUUUGAAUUUCGGUCACUCCUACACUCGCAGCUUGCUACACUGUUUUUUGAUGAAGUGGUUAAGCAGAUGGUAGCUGCCUUUGAAAGAAGAUCAUCCAAACUCCAUGGUCCAGAAACCACUAUACCUCAAGAGUUUAUGCUUCAUGAAGUUCACCACACAUAAAAACUACUAGCCCAUAUACCUUUACUGUAAACUAGUUUUGUAAACUUUAUUUAUAAGAGAGGUGCUUUUCUCCUUUUGUGGGCAUCUGUCAGCUUAGUGUAUCAUAUUACUGUACAAAACAUGCACAUAUGCAGCCUGAUGUAAAUAGAAUAUUCAAGCUUCAAUCAAGUGCAAUAUAAGGUGUUAAGUAUAAAAACUGAAGGGCAGCUAGUAUAACCUAGCCAACCAUAAUGGCCUUCCUUUUUCUGCCAAGCAGUUUCAUUGUACAGAUCAUAACAAAGCUUUGCUUUCUCUAAACUUUUUUUGCGGUGUUUGUUAAUAUAUUAUUCAAGUUUAAGUUAUUAGUAGUUAAAGCCUGUACAUUUGUAACAAUGUAUUGGUAUCAACCUGAACAAAGUCUGGUAAUGUUAAAGGAUAGUUCUCUUAGAGAGAUCUUGCUCCUUUACUGUCAGUAAGGAAUGCACUAUUACCUUUUUUCAAUAUGUAACUGACAAUGCUCCAGUGGGAAGGGGAGGUUGAGUCACAGUUACUAAUGCAAUUGUAUAUACUGACUACUUAUCUGCAGGGCAGGAAGCCAUCAGCAUUGAUCAGAAGUAAAGUUGGUAAGCAAACUCCUUUAAAAAUAAUGGCAAGUCUAAAAGGCACAAGAAUUACAAGGGGAAUUUUAAAUGCAGCACUUGUAGCCACACUCAGCCUAAACUUUUAUCAAACCAUCUUGGUUAUGAAAAGAAGUGAAGGCCAUGCUGCUGUAAGUGCUGUGCAUCUGGCAGCUGGAGUUUGAAUGCUCUGUGCUGUCCAAAUCCUCCACUCCUACCUUCCACAGUUGUAGUUAAAUAUGGGAUGCCCUACAUUUGGUGGAUAACUAUGCAUUCAAACAUCAAAAUCUGUUUUCAGUAAACUCUGCUAAACAGGGUGCACUGGAGCAUUAGAACAUCAAUGAGGGGUAAACACCAUUUAAUAUUUAGAAAGGACAUGUAAGAAAGUCUCAGCUGGGAAACACUGGUGUUAGGGUUGGUAAAUGUUCCCUCUCUGAAGUGGGG